AUGUUACAAAUUACUUUACUACUAUUUGUGUUAUGUGUUGGAAUCAAUGGCGAUAAUAUCAAUGAUUGCACAAAAUACAAGGAUUGCGUUUCAUGCGUUAAAUCACGUCGUCUUUUACCGGAAUUUCAGCGAUAUUGCGGAUGGCAUACUGAUAAAUCAUCGUGUGGUGAACCAUUUGCUAUUAUAGCAGGUAGCAAUGUAGUCGUACGUGAACCAUUCAUGUGUCCUGAAAAUGAACCAAUUGCUAAGAAGUAUCGUUAUACUGAUAAACUUGGCCGAUUAUUAUAUGGUCUUAUAUUAGCCGUUCGAAAUGAAGCUCCUACAAAAUGUCUUGCUAAUAGUCAUCCUGAUGUACAAUUGAUAAAGCGUUAUGAGGUGGAAUGUGAUCAAUCACAUAAUCUUUGUGCUGCAAUGCUUGCUAUUUCAAAACCUGAUAAGAGGAUUUAUAUUGUGUAUAAAUCAAUUAAUAUGGACAAGCAAUUAAUUGCCGAGUUCAUACAUAUCAUCGCAGCGCAAUUGGGUGUAUGGGAGAAAUUCGAAGCAGGUGGUGGCGUGUUAACCUAUUUUCAUGCCGCAUUCGAACGACUCUUUAAAAGAAGUGGCAUGAAAAAUGACCUCAUUAAGCUGAAGGAAACAUAUCCUAACUAUGAAGUUUGGUGCACAGGUCAUUCAUUGGGAGCAUCAUUAUCAUCAAUGACUGCAUUAUAUCUUGUGAAAAACAAAGUAUUUCCUGCUAAAUUAGUCCGUCUUGUGACAUUUGGUGAGCCAAGAACGGGUAAUGUAGCAUUUGCUCAAGCUGUCGAAGAAAAUGUUAAAGUUCGCUAUAGGGUAGUUCAUCGAGGUGAUCCGAUAACAAAUAUGCCUGCAUUAUUAAAUCCAUUUGCAUUAUUAUUAUCAUCAACAGUUGCAGAACGACAACCAUAUUUUUAUCGUUAUCUAAUUUUUUAUGAUAAUGAUAUGAACGAGGGUAGCACAUUCAGCAUAUGUACAUUAUCGGAAGAUUCCGCAUGUCGUAAUUUGGCUUUUGCUAAUAAUGCGUUAGAUCAUACAAAUUACUUUGCCGUAAAUGCGGAUACGUAUUUGUCGAAGGAAUGCAAAGGUGAUUUGUUGAGGAUAAUUGGUAAUAGGAAAACAGCAAAAGUAAAAACAGCAAAAAUAAAAACAGCAACUUUAACUGGUUUUGGUACUACUGAUAUUGCAACUACUGAUACCAAUACUUCUGAUUAUGAAGAUAAUAAUAUAAAUACUAUUACUAAUAGCACUUCUAGUGAUGCUGAUACUGUAACCAACGCUGCUCAUGCUAUUGUUACUGGUGCUACCACUCCAUCUGAUGUUGCUACUACUGUUGUCGAUACUAAUACUACAGCUGCUGAUACUGAUACUACCGCUGAUGAUAUUGAUACAGUUACUGUUGUCGAUGCUGAUACUACAGAUGCAGUUGCUGAAACUACUGCUGCUUAUGCUGAUACUACUGCUGCUAAAGCUAAUACUACUGCUACUUAUGCUGAUACUACUGCUGCUAAAGCUAAUACUACUGCUGCUUAUGCUGAUACUACUGCUGCUAAUGGUAAUACUACUGCUGCUUAUGCUGAUACUACUGAUGCUGAUGCCGAUACUGCAGCUGUUGAUGCUGAUACUGCAGCUGUUGAUGCUGAUACUACAGCUGUUGAUGCUGAUACUACUGCUCCUGAUGCUGAUACUGCAGCUACUGAUGGUGAUAGUAAUGUUGUUGGUAUUGAUACUACAGUUGCUAAUGUUGAUACUAAUGCUACUACUAUUGCAGUUUCUGACACCACUACUACUGGUGACGGCAUUAUUUCUACUAUUUCUAAUACUGUUGUCGCCAAAUGA